CGAUCGUCUGCACCUCAUCACUGGCUUUUAAACAGCUCUGUUUCUGCGAGGCCUUCAUGUACGGAACAGUAAAACUUUAUUGAUGAUCAAGCAGCGAUAAUCUGCACUUUACUGCCAUUUAAAUGUGCAGCACAUGUCAGAAACUGAAAGUAAAGCUUUGAUGAAACUUCAGAAAACAGGAAAUGGGUGUGAUUCGGCUAUUGGACCCCAACAAAGCGCAGGUGGGUGACGUGAUACAGAACGCCGCUUCCUGCAGUGUGAUGCACAACACAAGAAGGCAAACGGAAGAAUGUGAUGAGUAGUGAUGACUGCUUUAUGUUCUACACUGCUGCUAGACUUUGUGUCACUUCUGUCCCUUUGUUGUGGCACGUCGGCUCGGCAAAGGAGGAUAAACAAGUUGUGGGUGUUUUCAGUAGGAAGUUGCACGUUCAGGGUCCAGAGGUUCCUGCCCACCACAGCCGAGCACAGUGUGAUUCAUGUGUAUGACAAUCUGCGUACGUGAUCAGGCUUCCCGCUUCUAUUAGCUGUGGGAGGUGGAAAUGAGUCAGACCGAGAAGCAACUUCGUGUUUAAAGAUUUCAUUCACUGAUUUCAUAAACGGUGAACCAUAGAGAGCUCUUCUAACCGUUCAAAGACUCGUCUGUGGGACUCCACAUAGAGGAAACUGCAGGCGGCUGCUGUCUGAACGCCUCCGUUCCUUCCUCUGACUCUUCCUGUGUGAGUGAGGGGGUCACUAUGGCAACUGUGCCUCGGGGCAACAUGAGAAAGCCGAGGUUAGGCCUCUGUGACGGUCUGAUCGCUAUGUUCAGGGCCUGCUCCAUGGAUCCAACAGAGGCGGUUAAAGCAAGGCUGAGCGGUAUGCUGCGCAUGUUUCUGCAACACCUCAAGGACAAUGAAGGAAAUGAGAACACCAAAGCGUUGGCAGAAAAGUGCUGCCGUGAGGCCGUCAUCUGGUAUUACAGGAUCUUGGAGAACCUCAUCUGUCACGAGGGGAACCGGCUGGGCAUCAGUGACGUCUCCCUGAUGCAGGGAAUCUUGGAGAACGAUCUUUUCCAGCGCUGCCUGGUGGCCUGUUGUCUGGACAUCACAGUGACCUCAAAGCGUCUAGCGUACGGCUUCCCUGUACUCCUUCAGAUCUUCGAACUGGCACCGUACCACUACUGGAAGGUGAUCGGACCGGUGCUUCGGGUCGGGGUUGGUCUGCCUCCCAGUGUGUUCAGUCAUUUCGCUCAAGUGGAGGAGAGCGUUUUGGAGAGUUUGGCCUGGACCAGCAACUCGCCGCUGAGGGAGGAAAUCCGAGCCAACGAGGGCCGAUUGCCCUCCUGCCAACAGGUGAUGCCUCCUGAACAGCUUGAAGAUCCGAUAAGAACCGACUCCGAACCGGGACUUUCUACCAGCACAGACCAGCAGCGUUCCCCAUCAGCUGUAACCAGGCCUGAGAGAAGCAGCUCCCUCCAUCUGUUCGCUCGCAAGGUUUACACGUUGAUGGGGAAGCGUCUGAGAGAGCUGUGCUCCAUGCUGGACAUCUCCGAUGAGCUGCGCUUAAAGAUCUGGACCUGCUUCGAGCACUCUCUGGUGCACUGCGUUCACCUCAUGGCCGACCGUCACCUGGACCAGCUGCUCAUGUGCGCCAUCUACAUCACAGCCAGGCUCACCAACAUUGACAUUCCCUUCAAGCACAUAAUGAGGUGCUACAAGUCGCAGCUACAUACCAGCAACAGCGUCUGCAGCAACGUGCUGAUCCCACGAAGAGUCACGGAAAAUCCCCCCAAUGAAGGAAACAAUAAUGGAGACCACAGCGGCGCUCUCCCGACCCCCGACACGCCAUCGGCACAUUAUCCAGGACCUUCUCAGGAGGAACGGGGCAAUCUCAUCAAGUUUUACAACCAGGUCUACUUGACAGAGAUGACAGGCUUUGCCAAGCAAAAAGCCCCGAUCUCUGGGGAAGACACUCCUCCUCCGUCUACGUACCCCCGACAGUGGAAAGCUUCUCCUCGCAGAUACCGACUGUCCAGCCGCCACUCCAUCUUCAUUUCACAGUACAACGCAGACACCAGCCCGCCUCGCGCACCUGGACUCUGCUACUACUUCAACUCAAGCCCCUCAGAGCGUCUGCGUGAGAUCAACAACAUGAUCAAAACAGGCAGCUCACCCAACAGGCGGCGCUGUGCAGCCUCACGGGAUGCCAAGGAUGACGAGGAGGAGAGGGAGGACGGACCGUCGACUAAGAGGCCUCGCUUGGGCGACCAGCUGGCCUGGCAGAGACGGCUGAGGGGCGUGGUCAACGAUCGCGUCGCUAGCAGAAACCAGGACCAGCGUUUUCCAGUUCCAAAGCCGAACCUGCACUAGAGUACGGACGAGCAUCUCGAUUCUAAAACUGCGACGACAGUGUCAAGUGUUAGAAGAGCAGCUUUUCUUGCCUUUACAGAUAUCCGUUAAGAAUUUCUUUGGGCCAAAUUCUUUGUCAGCUCAAAGUACUCUUUUUUUUUUUUU